CAGAUUCUCAUCAAUCUCUACCCUCACAAACUCGAUCACUGGCACUCCACUUUCUGCAGCAACAAUGGCGAAAACCAUAUCUUACAUAACCGGAUCCGACCUUCUCUCCCUCAAAGAACGCGCCAGCGUAGCCAUUGUUGACGUCAGGGACGAUGAGAGGAGUUACGAGGGUCAUAUUGCCGGUUCACUUCACUUUGCCAGUGAUUCGUUUCAGGAUAGGAUACCGAAUCUUGUUCAAACUGUUAAGGAUAAAGGGAAAGAUACCUUGGUGUUUCAUUGUGCUCUUAGUCAGGUUCGUGGGCCGAAAUGUGCACGCAGAUUUGCAGACUAUCUUGCAGCAGGAAAGGAUGAUGCAGGGAUUAAGAGCAUAAUGGUGCUGGAACGUGGUUAUAAUGGUUGGGAAGCAUCUGGUAAACCGGUUUGCCGUUGCAGUGGAACGACCUGCAAAGGUGGAUGCUAAAUCCUGAACUCUGAUAACAUUAUAUGAUAUAUGCGCUAUUUAUUAUGCAUCAUCUGAUAAAAUGCAUGAAGUUGUGUCAGGGUAGUUUUACCUGACUAAAUUCCUUCUGUAUAAUCCUACAUAUUAAAUGGUUGUUACUCCAUUUAUUGGAAACAUGUAUCUAUGGUUUGGAAGUGGUUAUAUAUAUUUAUAUAUAUCCACUUGUUUCGUUUGAUGUUGAGAUCUUUUGACUGAAAAAUUCAAAUUAAAAGUACGCCUGCAAAACAGACGGGUAUGCUGGGUUCA